UAAAGUUCUGCGGUCUCGUCGUGUUGUCUUGCUUUUCGGAAUCCGUUGAAUGCGGUGAGCAAUUGGUGAAAGGAUCCUUUCCCAGUGGGACGGUCGAUGUUCAGUAGUGUCCUUGGUGCUGCGGGACAAGUGAGUGGUGUGAUGUGAUUUGGCGAAUUUGCUCUACAAGAUUGGCAGUAGCGCGCCAAGUGAUUUUUAUACAACGGCAAGUGAGAAGCGGCGGGAAAAUUAUUAGCAGCGUGAGCGGUUGGAGAAUUCAGAGGUUCACCAGAAUGACGGAAGAGGUUCAAACACAGCAGCAGCAAACCCAACAAUCGCAACAGCAACAGCCACAACCCGGUCAGCCACAGCAGAAGCAACGGCUGGGUCCCAACGAUUAUCGCAACUCGGAAUUCGUCACCAAACUGAUGGCUGCCAAUCCGCCCUAUCUGUACUCGCCUGCAAUAGGGCCGCACAACUUUUUCUUCAGUGAAAUGCUGCGAUCCUUGGUGGCCAAUAAGCGGAAUGAGAGUCUGCGGAGCGCCGAACAGUUACAUCAUCAGCAGCAGCAACAGCAACAGCAUCACCAACAGGCCCAAGCACAAACCCAGUCCUUGUCGCUUCCAACACGGCGACCGAGGAAACGAUCAUGGUCACAACAUCGUCUGUACCCAGAGUCACAUAAGGAAAGCAAAGAUCCAGAAGAGAAAGCCGCUGGACACCCGGAGAAGCCACUUGAACUAACCAACAAGUUGUCUGCUUUUUCCCGAAACAUAACCUCAAAAUACGAAGAAACCAAUGACAACUAUAAAUCCCCGCCAGAGACGAAACCCCCCAACGAGAAGCCUCCCAUGAGCGCCAACCUUAUUCCCGAUCCACCAACCGGUUCUAUACCUCCUUCCGAUCUGAUCCUCCCACCACCUCCCCCAGUCUGGUAUCCCCCGCUCUACCCGCCAUACGGAAUCGAUCCGCUGCACUUCUUCAUCGACCUCCGCGUGUCCGGUCACAUCUACGAUCGGAAGAAGGAACUCACAUCACCCAACUCGGAUGGCAUCAAAAACGAACACUCCAAACUGAUCGGUACCAACGAUCGACAAGGAUCGGCAUUCAGCGUCCCGAAACCUCGCGAAGGGUUGAAAGGCAGUGCCGCGAUCAACCUAUCUUCGCCACCCCUCCCGGCGGAAGGUGACGAAAAUCCACCAACCGAUCCGUCGGCGCUGUUUCUCAGCGAGUUCAAAGAAAACAAGUACGACAUCAUCAAGAAUACCAACUAUGUGAUGCAGAACUUGCCGAGGAUCUACGGUGAUUUGAAUACCCCGCAGAAGGACGCCGGAGAGGACGAGCUGAGUGGUAAUUUGAGUGACGAUCAACGAUCGGUGGGAUCGAACGAGGAUUGCUCCGGUGAGGACGGGAAGUUUCGCGAUGCCGAUCUCAACGUCAUAUCCGACGAGGAUGAAUCUAUCGCGGUGGAUGAGAAUUGAGCAUUGAGGGCAGGUGACGAAAGGGAUUUGAAUUGAUAAUUUUGGACUUAAAUGUUGUUGCCGUGUUAUGGAAAGCUUAAUAAAAUGU